AUGCGUCUCUUCAUUCUCCUCAUAACUUUUCUUUCGGCUGUAGCGGCUCUUACUCUCAACAAGAUUGAUGGCACUACGAUCGAGCUCGGUGAUGAGCCGGCGGUCGUUGAUCUCAGCAACGUGAUCAUGCCUGCGCGUGCGCCGGUUACUGAGUCCAGUGCCCACAACGCAAGAGACGCUACCGACGUUAACGUCGCAGAUUGGGAUCGUGGUGCGUCUAAUGUUCAUUUCUACCAGCACACCAACUACAAAGGCAGUGUCGUGACGGCCUACCACUGCAGGGAUGGCAUGAACAGUUGCAUGACCUUGUUAAACACAAAAGACGAUCACUAUCGAGCCAUCCUCAAUUCGCUUCGACGUUUGCCCCGACGAUCUAUUAGUGAUGCGACACUGAUUCGAACUAGUACUGGUCACUGUGAACCCACGGCUAGAUCCCUCUUCCUCCACGGCUCGGUUGGCAAUCUUGCGACCAAUCCUGCGACCAUUGGCUGCAACGACAAGAUCAAGUCUGUCGAUUGCUGCUGGGACCAAUUGUGA